AUGGCGAAACGAAAGCGCGACCCUCCGGAAGAGGACGACUCAUAUAACUGGGGCGAUAAGAAGCUGAGGCUACAGAGAUUACGCCUUGACCAAAAGGUUCAAAAUGGCGUGGUGGUGCUUCAUCGUGCGCUCAAGAUCGCCAGAGGAUUCGAACGGCAGAAGCUAGGACGGAGAGAGAAAUCUGCGCGGCAGGAAAGCGAUAGAAUGCUGUUGAAUCGGCGUCUGAAUGAGGUUGAAGCUUUGAAGGCCUUGGAUUUACAUAAAACUGCCGAAAGAUACCUGAUAAAGCAGAUGGUGAAGACGAAACGGAUUGCAGAGUCGCCGGCGUUUAUUCAUCUGAAACUUGCGGAGCGCAUAUCUAACGAGGAAAAGAAGAGUGAUGCCGAAGCCAACGUUUCUGCUCGACUGUUCAACUCCAAUCCAGUGAGGAAAGUCUUUCCGGGGAUUAUGGAUGAUAUAAGGGAUAUACUUGGUCUCUCUAGGGAUACGCAAUUGAGAAAGGCUACAACGAAGGCGAGCCAAAAGCAGGCGUCCAAACGCACGGAAGAGGAUAUGUCCAUGAGCGAGGAGGACGAGGGAACAGACGGAGAAUCGAAUGGUUCUCAAGAUGGCGAUGGGAUGGAUAUGUCGCAGUUUGACGGGCUUGUUGCGUCUGAUUCAGAGGAUGAGGAUGGGAGUAAUCGUGGGGAUGAUAUCAAGGCAAAGCCAGGGAGCGCAAAAUACAACCCAAUGGACGACAUGUCAUUAUCACCUACACCAUCAGAUACAUCUGACGAGUCAGAUGCUGUUAUAACAAAAUCUUCAAAGGCUAGACAAAAGACGACAACAGAUACAACAUUCCUCCCCACCCUCAUGGGAGGAUACUGGUCAGGCUCCGAAUCCGAGCCAGAGCAGGACUACGCACCCGUCGUCCCAGAACGGAAGAACAGGAUGGGCCAACAGGCACGACGAAAACUUUGGGAAAAGAAAUAUGGCAAUAAUGCCAAACAUAUCCAAAAACAGGCCAAGGAACAAGCCCAGGGCAAGAAUCGGGAUAGCGGCUGGGAUUUACGACGGGGAGCCACAGCACAGAAAGAUACCAGAGGUAAAUAUGGAAGAAAUAAGAUACGCGGAAGCCAACGUAAAGAGGCCACUGAAUCCCAUGCGACUCGGGUACCAGCUGUGUCGCAACCUCCAAUGGCCAAACGAUCUAACGAUGACAAGCCACUUCAUCCGUCAUGGCAGGCGGCAAUUAAACGCAAGGAAUCAAAAACGCAAUCUUCAUUUCAGGGCAAGAAGGUUGUGUUUGACUAG